AUGGUAGAAAAAUAUUUAGUGGUGUUAGUAGUAAUUACAACACUAAUAUUGUGUAAUAAUAAUGUAUGUGCAACAGAUGUAAUUGUAGGAGAUGAUGCAGCCUGGAAAGUUCCUGAUUCCCCAACGUUUUACUCUUCUUGGGCUUCCAAGCACACUUUCAUUGUUGGUGAUACUUUAGUAUUCAACUUUAUGAAUGGAUCUCACACGGUGGCCUUGGUGAACAAAGAUGCAUAUGAGACAUGUAACACAAGUAACGUUAUCUCAGUCAAGACUCAAAGUCCUGUAAGAGUUCCUCUUCAGAAAAUUGGCCAACUUCACUUCAUGUGCACCAUUGAUGGUCAUUGUUCGUCGGGCCUCAAAUUAGCCAUCAACAUCACCAACGAGUCACCAAUGUCGUCAUCGCCACCAGCUCCCUCGUCAGCCCCAUCAGCUUCAAAUCAUCUCACUCCUUUUGCCACUCUCAUUGCCUCAUCUAGUCUUGCUUUCUUUUUGCUUCUUGUGGGAUUCUAUUGUUAACCAUUUGAAAGUGCUCGUGAUCACACAUAUUUGUUCAAUUUUGUAAGAGUGCCUCAUAUAUUAACAUUAUUGACGUGCCAUUACUUGUUGGCGUGUUUGUAGGAUGACAUGUUAAAACUUUCUUUAUGGUGUUACAAUAAGUCGUGAA